AAACACGUGAAACCCAUUGACAGUAAACAUGACGUGAAAUGUGUUGACAUUUACCACAAGACAUGUCUUCAACUGAUCCGCAGGUGAUUCGCGCCAAACCAUUGGACGACAGAAAACGGGUGAACGUUUCGGUCAAAAGUCAAAUCCCGACCGAAAUACUGGACAACAAAGAGCUGAACGCAAGGAUCAGUUCAAGCCUUCCUCCUAACUAUAACUUUGAAUUUCAUAAAACCAUUUGGAGGUUGAGGUCGUCGGGGGCUAAGAGGGUUGCCCUCCAGUUCCCCGAAGGACUCUUCGUGUUCGCCAUCACUAUCGCUGACAUCAUCGAAGACUUCACUGAAUGUGAUGUCAUUAUAAUGGGAGACGUGACGUACGGCUCGUGUUGUAUCGACGACUUGACCGCAAACGCCAUGAGCUGUGACUUCAUUGUGCACUUCGGACACUCAUGUCUGGUGCCCGUCAACCAUAUGGUCAAUGGGAUCAAAGUGUUGUACGUCUUCGUGGACAUCAAAAUAGAUUUGUGGCAUUUCAUCGAAACCAUUGCACAGAACUUCAACCCACAGACCCAUUACCUGUCCAUCUCUGGAACCGUUCAGUUCGUGUCGUCUAUGCAUUCGGCGGCCAAAGAGCUGCGCGAAAGACACGGCUUUCGUGUUUUGACGCCACAGUCGAAGCCGUUAUCUCCGGGGGAAGUGUUGGGAUGCACUGCACCACAACUGCCCCCAGAAGUCAAUACUAUUGUCUUCUUAGCCGACGGGCGCUUCCAUUUGGAGGCCAUAAUGAUCGCCAAUCCCACAGUCGAUGCAUUCAAAUACAAUCCGUACAACAAAGAGAUUACACAAGAGUUUUACGACACAAACAAAAUGAUGUCUUUCCGGAGAAACGCUAUUAGAGAGACGACCAAAGUUUGCAACGAUUCCGGGGUUUUCGGUGUUAUUUUGGGGACAUUAGGCCGACAGGGAAACCCUCGUGUCCUUCACAACUUGAUUACAAAUAUCAAUAAAUAUACCAAAUGUCAGACAAUUAGCGUAUUAUUGCCUGAAAUUAAGGCCGAAGUGUUGGGUCUGUUUGAAGAGGUGGACGCAUGGGUUCAGAUCGCAUGCCCCCGACUUAGCAUCGAUUGGGGCACUAAUUUCACGUCUAAACCACUUCUCACUCCUUUUGAAUUGAAUGUCUCUCUCAAUGCGGUCACCGAUAACUACAAGGGUUUGACAAAUGGUUAUGCAAUGGACUUCUAUUCCACUCAAUCAGCGGGCAAUUGGACUCCUAAUCAUAAAUGUCACCAAAAUUGUAGUUGUGAUCAAAAUAAAUAAUUAUUUUUAUUACCAA